UUUCUGCCGUUGCCAACAUGUGGCGUAUUUGCAAUUGUGUACAGCUGCAGCCAAUUCUGAACGGAUGCAAGCGUUGCCAGCUGCCAACAGAAGUUAACCGCAAUAUAAGGGGUUCCCCGCGCUCGCAACCGCCGCAAUGCAUUGACUCAAAUACGAAUCCAUCUGAAAAGGAGCCUCGUCGUGUUGGGGUGGUUGGCCGUGCCGUUCAGAAGAAUCAGAAUUUAGAAACAAAAUUUAAGAGUUGUUCUGCUUACUCCCGCCAGCAGAACUCCAAUUCCUGCCUAUGCGAUGGAAAUUCUAGCAGGAAACCAGCAGCUAAGAAGACAACUGACAUCUAUGCCAAGCAAACUCUACCAAUUGAGAAUAAAAGUGAAGCAUACUUCAAAUGGAAUGUACACUCAGCAGAAAAAACUGAAAGCUCCACAAAGCGGCAUUUGUUUGCAGACAGAAAAGCUGAAGCCUGCCCCAAACGUCAUAUGUCGCGCAAACGAGCACCAAUUAAAUCAUCUUGGUAUGGUGGUUCUAAGAAGUUUCUAGAUCGUUUAAAGCAACUACUGUAUGAACCAAGCACUUUGAUAAAAAAAACACAGAGCGACAGAUUCUACGAUUGCGAUGAGCCAUCAUCUGCCAAAAGUGAGUUAUUUCCAAUAUCCGACCGUGUCUCCAAGAAGACCGUAGAAAUAAAGCCAGAGCAGUUGACGAGAGAGUGUAAUAUAACAACAUGCAAUACAAAAAAAAUAAAGUGGCCCAAAGCAGUGAAGCGUAAACCUUCAAAUAUUUCUUUCUGUUCGCAACAAGAACAAUUAAAAAAUGACGUUGAAUCCAUAAUAAUGCCAAAUCCAAGAGAAGACGUCAUCCUGUUGGGUCAACGCCCCAGCAAUAUCCGGUCUACCGAAUUCACAGCCAAACAAAAGCCUCAAAAAUCUGGAAGUGCACGUUGCAUCAAGUGUGAUGCCAAAUCAAAGCCCCAAAAAGCAGAUUCGCGUACAGAAAAAUUCUUUUGCAAAAAAUCUGAAAUCAAAAUGCAGGAGAAGAAAUCGAUCACUCCAAAUGUUAUAACAGUUUAUUCUGGAUCGAAGUCUGGUGCUUCAACUCCUCAGUCAAACUUUCAGCUCAGAAGUCAAACGUCCCCUUCCAUUUCUCGCCAAAACGUAGAUAAAGGAGCAACAGUCCGAAGUGCUCUUGGCAAAAAAUCCGGCCCAGCUAAAUCAAUAAAGGAAAAUUCAAAUAUGUACUCUUCAAACUAUAGUGAGGGUUCGGCCGAUCCAGUUGAAAAUUUUUGUGGGAAAACAAAUAUACUCUUCCAAAAAUUGAAGGCAAUUCCUUUUUCAAAUGGCGCUGUACCCAAAACCAGUAAAAAAUCCUCGUCAGAUUACAGGAGUAGCCCACCCAAGAGCUCCAAAGAUAAGUACCUGGCCCAAACUUUCUGUAAGGAUCUGUCGGCCUUUAAAAAGUCUGAACAAGAAUCCACAUUAGAUUUGUUUGAAGGUGACCUAAAUUCGCUGUUCUCGAGGGUAAAACACAGCUCGAGCGAUCUGUGGCGUAACCAGCCGCCUAGUAAGAAGUUCGAAGAGGCGCUCGAGAAUUUGCGGCAAUGGGAAAAUUAUAUCAUUUGCAGUAACCCAGCUGGGGCACGGUUUUCUGAACGCAAGGAGUUGGAACUAGAUAAAAUAGCUAAAUACGUCAAUGAUAUGCAGAAGCGAAAUAACUUACGCAAUCAGAAAAGACACUUGAUGACCGAAAAUACGCCAAAGAGCAUUCGUCUCGGCAAGAAAUCAAGCCAGACUUCUAUACUCAACAAGGCACUCAACGCUAAAAUGAGUACUAUUGGACAGAAACUUCCAAAUUUAGGCUUCGACCUGAGCUCAACACAUAAAAGCAUUUUCUUAGAUCCUGUAAAGAGCACGAAGAGCGCGUACUCGAAGACACAAUUGCAUGACCUGCGCUAUCAGAAAGCCAGGCGCAUUAAGGACAUGCAACAAAACGAGAAGAGAUUUUUGGAUCCGAAGGAUGCGAAUAUAAAUGCGCUUGGUAAAUCCUGGAUGGCGUACCAGCGAACCUUAGAUCAUAAGUUGGACAGCUCGAGAUUGGAGGAGGAGCAAAGCAACAACUCAGAUGAAGUAUUUAAAUUCCAAUUAAAAGUCGAAACGCUGCAGAAAGGAUGUAAUGCGAAGAACGUGAGCAACAAUCAAUCUGAUAUAAAUUACAUCAACUCUGAAGUAAGACAGAUCGAUGACAUUAUCAGGCAAUGCCAGUUACUUAGAAGUAAAUACUCAAUGCGCUUAGAAGAUAAACAUGCUCAGGGCCUGCAGCAGAAGCUUCAAAGGAACAAUAGUGAAAUUAAAGCAGCUGGAUCGAUACUUCCGAAAAAGUGCGUGGAAGCUAACGAAAAGCAGAAGAAUCAGUUCAUACUCGAUCGACUAAAGAAAUUCCAAGACGACGAUGCGAAAAAGCCCAAACUACCAGGCAAAUACCAUGCAUAUCAAUUAGACAGGCCGAAAAAGGAAGCACACCUACAAAAAUGCAAGGAAUAUCCAAACUUCGAUCCAAAUAAAACUGAAAUGCAAAACAAAUGCAAUGCAGGUCAAUUCAACAGCCUGCAAAAGGAAGCACAUCCACAAAAAUGCAAGGAAUUCCGAAACACCGAUCCAAACAAAACCGCAACGAAAAAUAAAUGCAGGCUAAAAAAUGAAGCUCGCCUUCAGAAAUGCGAGGAAGCCGCAAAGAUGGCCAAGUCCGACGAAUGUGCGAAACCCUGCCAAACGGCGAGCAAAAACUCCGCAAAAGUGGACAGAAAAUGCAAACGUUCGGAAAUAAAAAAUAGUGAAUGUGAAAAAAUGUACAGGGAAACAGUUCUAUCGAAACAUGGCCAUGUUAAGGAUGGUAAAAUGAACACCAAAAAAGUGGAAAAUGCUGGAAAAGGUCAGGAGGCUGGAAUAAAAAUGAAAUGCCAAGAAAGCGAAAGGCAUCACAGACAGAUCGAACAACGGAAACCAAAUACACACGAUAUAAGAGAGAAAACAGAAACGAUUGACAAAAUCUACCAGGAAGCGAAAAAAAGAGUAGCCAUACUUGAGCAGCAGCUAAAGAAAUGUUUUCAGGAACAGGAGCUGAGAAAUAGGAAGAGCCAGGUUAAAGGCAUAACGAUGGCAUAUUUGUAACACCAUCCGUUUUCCAAUGGGACACACUGGGCUGCCCUGUUCCAGCACUACGUCGGGAUGGUAGUUGCCAACU